ACCAGGUGCAGCGUCGGUGGACAGGUAACUUCCUCUCCGGAUAUGCGCGUUGCCUCGCACGUAGCCAUGAUACAUCAGACUAUACCGAGUAGGCGCACAGGGAGGAUGAGUUAUUCAAAGGGAUCGGGAACUAAGUAGCUCUCAGUCAUAUGCUUGGUAUCGGAUUUGCUCCGGCACCCCGUCGUACCUGCAUCCGUGAGCUGACCCCGCAGGCACAUGGCAAAGUCCAAACACCAACCCAAGUCACGUUCACGCUCAUGACACUCCACAAUGUCCAUGGACCACAGUCGGGACCCUUGCCCUUGGGUUGCGCUUAGUGACUUUGGCGGAGCGUUCUGCAUGGGGGCCAUCGGAGGGGCAGUUUGGCAUGGCAUAAAGGGGUUCCGCAAUUCUCCGUAUGGCGAGCGACGCGUUGCUGCCGUUGUCGCCCUGAAAACGCGAGCCCCAGUCCUAGGCGGUAACUUUGGAGUAUGGGGUGGCCUCUUUAGCAGCUUCGAUUGCGCUGUGAAAGGCAUCAGGAAGAAGGAAGACCCGUGGAAUGCCAUCAUCGGAGGUUUCUUCACUGGAGGCGCGCUGGCGGUUCGAGGUGGGGCCAAAGCCAUGCGCAACAAUGCUAUCGGUUGUGCCGUCCUCUUGGCCGUCAUCGAAGGCGUUGGCAUCGCAUUCAGUAGGAUGCUGGCUGAGAACACCCGGCUCGAAGCACCACCACCAUCGUCUACCUAAGGAACAGUCGUCGCUGCGAACCAGAACAUCUGGCACACCCUUUCGGCGUCGCACAUCGGCGUCGCAAUCACUUUAGCUUGUC